AUGAAAUCGCCAUCAUUGUAUGGUACAAGUUCAUCGGCAUCAUCAUUAUUGUUAAUGAUGGCCAAUAAUAAUAAUCAUGAUAAUUCUAUACAAUUACAUGGUGGUGGCUGCCAUUAUGAAUCAACAUCAAGUAUUAGUUCCAAUAAUAGUAAUUGUAGUGCUGCUGCUGCUGCAGCCUAUCUUUAUCCGCCUCAUUCAUCAGGGAAUAAUUCUAUAUCGCCAAGUGGUUCAAGAAUAUUACCUAAAGUGAAUUUUACCAAAAAUCCUUAUCUUAUGUUGGAAGAUAAUUCGCCUGGUGGUGCAAAUAACAGAUUAUCAAUGAGUGGAAGUCCUGGUGGUAGUGGUCCAAGAGCACCACCAAUUAUGGCUUCACAAUCAGUGGAUGAAUAUAGUACUGGUUUGAUUGAUCCAGGAAAUUUAGCAUUAAUGAUGGAACGAUCAUCAUUGGAGAAUCUACCAUUACCAUCGAAUGGAUCAACACCUCAAUUUUUUCUUAAUUCAUCAUCAUCAUCGUCCACACAACAGCAGAUUCAAUGUGGAAAUAAUGUAAAUAAUAAUAAUAAUAAUAAUUCCUCAUCAACUUCAUCAUGGAAACAAGAUGACUAUUGCAGUAUCGGCGGUGAUUCUGGUACUGGAAGUGGUGGAACGACUACCUCGUUAGGUAAUCGACGUGGUAGUACAAGAAGUGGUCAUUUUCCAAUUAACACUCAUCAUUAUCAUCAUCCACCGGUACAAUCAUCAUAUUCAUUGGAUGUGCCAACAUUGGAUCGUUAUGGUAAUGUACAUUAUCAUAAUAAUAGUCAUCAUCAUCAUCAUCAACAACAACAACAACAAUCCUAUCAAUAUGGAUCCGGAUCAUAUAGCCAAUAUCCAUCACAAUCACAAUUGAAUUUCACACAAUUACAGCCAUCAUCAUCACCUAGUUCAUAUCGUGAUUUGACACAAACAUCAAUAUUAUCACAAACAACAACCACAGCACCUGGUAAUUGUUCAUCAUCCAGUACACGAAGAUUAUCACCAAAAGAUUUUCAAAAUUUUCUGCAGCAGCAGCAACAACAACAACAACAACAAAAUCAAAGUCCAAGCCACAGUUCAUCACCUAUUAAUCAACAACAGCAACAAUCAUCAUUAACAACAACAACUACAACAAUGACAACGAAUGAUGAUCCAAAUUUUAGUCAACAACGAAGAAGACAACUUCCAACAAUUAAAAGUUUACCAUUAUUGAUUAAUAAUAAUAAAACUGGUGCGACAUCAAUAACUAAUGAGGAUGGUAAUACAGUGACAUCUAGUGUUGUUGUAAGCGGUACAGAUCAAUUAUUAUCACCAACACCAUCAUCAACAACAACGACGAUGACGACAACAACAACAAUCGAUACUGAUAAUAAUACGAAUGAACGGACAUCAUCAUCAUAUUUGAAUACAACAACAGCUCAACAACAAAGACAAAGGUUAUUUCGUCGUUCACCACAGCAUCCACGUUUAUCACGUUUAAAUUCAUUUCAUCAUCAUCAACAGCUUCAUCAACAACAACAAUUACAACAGACAACAAUAAGUGGUGGCGCUAAUGGCGCAAAUAAUAAUUCACGUUUAUCUGUACCAUCAUUACGUUUAACACAUUCAUUUGAUGAUGAUCAUCAUCAACAUUUACAGCAUCAAUUACAACCACAGUUAUCAUCGACAUCAACAAUAAUCAAUAAUAAUAAUAAUCUAAUGACAGAACCAAAUAGACAUUCAUCACCAACAACACCGGGUGCUUGGAUUAAUGCAUCACCGGGAUAUCAUCAAACAAUCGUUACACAACAAUCAUCAUCAUCAUCAUCAUCAAUAACGGUAACAACAACAACAACAACAUCGCAGAUAUCAUUAACAACUGGAUCGUCUCAACAUCAUUAUUCAUCAAUUUAUCAUCUUCAUCGAUUAUCAUCGUUUGAUCAGCAACAUCAGCAGCAACAACAACAAAUGAUUCGUAAACAAUAUUCAGUCGAUUCUGUUGAUUAUAAACCAUCAACAACAGCGACAACAAUGAUGAUGACGCAAUUUCCAUUAUUGGGCUUUAGUCCGCCAAUUAAUCAAUCAAUUAAUUAUCAAAAUCGUCCAUCACCUUAUUCGGAUUCAUCAAUAUCGAUUAAUAUUGAAAAUGAUGUUGAAUCAACGAUUAAAAUGGCAAAACAAUUAUUACAACAACAACAACAACGACAACAGCUUCAGCAGCAGCAUCAACAGCAUUCAUAUGGACAACAACAAAUGACAAUGGGAAUAAAAACUGGCCGUAAAUUGCCAACAAUAUUUAGUUCAUCAUCAUCACAAUCAGCAUAUUUUUGGCGUCAUCCAAGAAAAUCACUUAGCCUGGAAGAUGCUGCAAUCGGUUCAGGUUCACCGGAUAUUUAUCCCAAUCAAUUACUUCACAAUGCAAGAAAUCAAACAUUUCAACAACAACAACAACCAUUGGAAGUGAAAAGUGAUAUUUGUGGACCACAUCUAUCAACACAGGCAUCAUUAUCAUCGAAUUCGAGUGCAGGUUGUGGUCCUGGUUCUGAUCCAACAUCAUCAUGUGGCGGUAUUGGUGGUGGUGGCCAUGUCAUCACUAAAGAGCCUAAAUCAUCACCAUCGGCAAACAUAAUUGAUCAAGAUGAAGAAGAUAUUGAAUUGAUUAGCUAUCUUUGUCGUCGUUAUAUAAAAGAACAAAAAGAUGUUGAUGAAGACCAGGAACAAGAAGAUUUAAUUGAUUAUAAAUUAGGUGGUUAUCAUCCAUUGAAAAUAUUCGAUGUUCUUAAUGGUCGAUAUUCGGCCAUACUUAAAUUAGGCUGGGGACAUUUCUCCACUGUUUGGCUCUGUUGGGAUAUGAAAGAGAAAAUUUUUGUUGCAAUAAAAGUUGUUAAAAGUGCUGGACAAUAUACAGAAACAGCUCAUGAUGAAAUUACAUUAUUGAUGAGGGUUAGAAAAGCUGAUCCUGAUCACAAUCAAGAGAUUGUACAAAUGUAUGAUAGCUUUCAAAUUAUCGGUAUCAAUGGAUCUCAUGUCUGUAUGGUUUUCGAGGUACUUGGCUGUACCUUAUUAGAUUUAAUUAUUAAAUCACAAUACAAUGGUAUACCAUUGGAAAAUGUACGCAGUAUAAUUAAACAAGUAUUACGUGGUCUACAUUAUCUUCAUCAUACUUGUGGUAUUAUUCAUACGGAUUUAAAACCAGAAAAUGUAUUACUUGUUGGCAGUCAUGAAAUGGCUCAAAAAUUGGCAUUAAAAGCAUUGUAUCGUAUACAUCAUAAUGUUCCAUUGCCACUUUCAUAUAAAUCAAAUGCACCUAUUGCUCAGCUUGAAGCCGAAUAUCGUCGAAUCAAGAAAAAAUUUCGUCGUAAAAACAAGAAAAAGGCUAAAAAAUUGGCAAAUAUAAAAUCAAAUUCAUCAUCUACAACUAGUUCAACCGUAACUAGUGGUUCAAACAUGACAAAUGUUGUUAAUGCUUCAAAUGUCGAUGAUGGACAAGCUGAUAAUGAUGAUUCGAAUUCAAUUCGUGAGGAGGAUGAAUCAAUAUGUUCAAGACCGAAUAAUAAUUUGUCUAAUCAGGAAAAUCUUUUGAUGCCCGAAUUUGCUUGGGUAUAUGAUCCAAGUUAUAUCAAAUAUUAUGAAGGUGUAGGAUAUCCAGAAUUUGCUGCUGAAAUUUUAGAAUCAGCUCCACGUUUAGUUCGUAAAGAAAUUCAAUCAGGUAAAAAUAGUGAACCUGCUUUUGAGAUUUGUGAUGUACGUGUCAAGAUUGGUGAUCUUGGCAAUGCAUGUUGGGUGGAUCACCAUUAUUCUGAGGACAUACAAACAAGACAAUAUCGUAGUCCUGAAGUGAUAUUACGUGCCGGUUAUGGUCCAUCAGCUGAUGUUUGGUCAGUUGCUUGUUUAGCAUUUGAAUUAGCUACUGGUGAUUAUCUAUUUGAUCCACGAUCAACAUCAUCAACAACAAGAGAUGAAGAUCACAUUGCACGUAUGAUGGAAUUAUUGGGCCCAUUACCACGUGAAGUUAUAUUUGCUGGUUCACGUAGACAGAAAUUUUUUGAUAAUCAAGGACGAUUCUUGAAACGUUUAUUUGAAGAUUAUGAUAUUUAUUCAUUAUUGGUGAAUAAUCAUAAAUUUCCAAAACCGGUGGCCAAUAUAUUUGCUGAUUUUCUUGAAACAUUACUAAAUUAUAAUCCAACCAUAAGGCCAACUGCAUUAGAAUGUUUGAAACAUCCAUUCAUGAUUUGUGAUUAUAAUUAUUCAUCAAUGAUUGAGAUGGCUGCUGCACGUACAGCAUCACGAAAUCAAAACAAUGAUGGUGGUGGUAAUUCAUCCGAUCAUCAUCAUCAUAGUAACAAUACUAGUUAUAAUUCAACCGAUGAUAAUGAUAAUGAUGAUGAUGAAUCAGAAUCACGUACAGCUACAGAUCAACAUACUGAAAGUCAUGAUCAUUGUGAUCGUGGUUCAGAAAUUAGUCGUAGUGGUUGUUCGAAUGCUGGUCGUUCACCAACAACAUAUUCACAAGAUGAUAAUCAAGCUUACGUCGCCGCCGCCGCCGGUAGUAGUAGCAGUAGCUAUAAUAAAAAACCGAUUUGUUGUUUAUCAACUGCUACAACUGAUAAUAAUAAUGAUCAUGAU